UAUAUAUCUGAGGCCCCCAUCCUCAUAUUUAUUCCGUUUCCUUAGACCUUUUUAAGGAAUAUAAAGCGCGAUAUUUACAUUGGCAUAAUUCCGAUGCCCCAAAAAAAGGCCGAUACUAAUUGUAACAGUACUGCGGAUAUCGCCGCCAAUGCCCCGAGGUACCGACGUAAAAGCAGCACCUUCAUCGAUGGCAUCCACGAUGUUCCGGAAGACGGCAAUAGGGCACCAGCCCAGCUGUAUAGCACGAUGUCAGGAAGACUUUUCCACUCUGGCCGCAUCGCCAUUGUGAUGGUAGGACUUCCUGCGCGAGGAAAGACCCAUAUUGCUGUCUCUUUGGCAAGAUAUUUACAAUGGUUGGGUGUAAAGACGCGAAUUUUCCACCUUGGCGACUACCGUCGAGCUACUGUUGGCCAGGGUGGUCAUGUACCCGAGGACUAUUUCUAUCCUAACGCCUCGCCCUCUUCAGUUGUCCUGCGCCAGAAAAUCCUUAAGAAAUGCCGUGAAGACAUUUACGGUUGGCUCAACCACGAAAACGGCCAAGUAGCAAUAUAUGAUGCAGUGAAUCCUACGGCAAGUGGUCGUCGCUCGCUAGCCAAAGAGUUCGCUAAACACGACGUUCAGACUCUUUUCUUAGAAUCCUACGUUGACGAUGAAAACCUCCUUCGAGAGAACGCACGUAACGUUAAGAUUGGAUCCCCUGAUUUUGCCGACAUGGAUCCUGAUGAGGCUGCUAAACUAUAUCUCACACGCAUGGAAACUAAGAUACCAACAUUUGAAACUAUGAACGAACCAGAACUUAACUACAUCAAGAUGAUUAAUGCCGGCCAGAAAUUCUUCUACAACAAUGUAUCCUUCAAUUAUCUCUCACACCGCAUCGUCUUCUACCUGACCAACACCCAUAUCAAGUCUCGAGCAACCUUCUUCGUUCGACCCGGUACUGCAACGGAAGAAGAAAGUUAUAAAGCGGAUCCGCCCCUGUCCGAAGAGGGAGAGAAAUAUGCCAGAGUAAUGACAGAGACUGUGAUUAAGCAUCGUGAGCAAGAACGAGCUGCACGGAUUGCAGAAGGAGGGUCUGAUGUGCCACUACGCCCGCUAACAGUAUGGUGUUCAACACGUAUGCGGACUAUGCAAACGGCGGGUGUGUUUAAGGAGUUAGGAUACAAGGUUCGCCAACGAAGCCAAAUGGCCCAAAUCAAUCCAGGUGUUUGCGAAAGGCUAAGCGAACGGGCCAUUCGUCGUCUCUACCCCGAAGAAGUAGAAAAACACGAGCUUGAUCCUUAUCACCACCGUUAUCCGCGUGCUGAAUCCUAUCACGACCUUGCUGUACGGCUCGAACCAAUCAUUCUAGAGCUUGAACGUGAGCAGAACGACCUACUGAUCAUUGCUCAUGAGAGCGUGCUACGGGUUCUUUAUGCGUAUCUUAUGCAUUGCAGUACCAUGGACAUUCCUAAUCUCAAGUUUCCACGAAAUGAAAUCAUUGAGGUUAUUCCAGGCGCAUACCAGAACGAUGCUAAGCGCAUUCAUAUUCCAGGGCUCGAUCCCUCGACUGUCCCCGGUUCACCUGAGGACAUACGUAUUCCCGUGCCGGACAGCGAGGUCGCUACUCCGGCACCACUUCCAGGUGGUGGCCUCUCGGCGCCAGCGGUACCACCUAUUGCUGCCGAAAAGCCGCCCGAAAGAGUGGUUAAUACGGCGGCUGAAGCCGUGAGAGAUAAGAUUACAGACGAGGAUUAGAUCGUAUUGAAACUUAGCAUAGAUACUCAUAUAGAAACGCUAGGCACUUCAUAACAAUGCAUUCAGCUGCUGAAGUAUUACUCUAGAUGGGGCGAUGAUAGGAAUCGCAUUCGUUAAGGGAUGAUGAGUACAUGAUUCCUGGAGCAAGGGUUGUUACGUCGUGACGGCUUUACGAGACCGAAGCAGGCAAGGUAGCAAGGACAAAACUAUUGGUACUCCCCAAGGAGAAGGAAAAGGCCGCCGGCUCGC